AUGCGAUGGCUCGGCAAGCCCUACUGCACUGAGGACUCUUUGCCUUGGUGGAAAGCCGUAAUUGACAUAUUGAUCAUAUCCGUCAUCACUGCUCUUUCAAUUCUGGUCUGUAUUGAGGAUCGAACAAAGCAUGAGCGGAUCUCCACGUUUUUAUCCGUUCUCAGUAUCAUCGGCAACAAUUUCUUGGCCAGCAACUUGAUCCUCCUCAACCUUAGGAGGGACCACCCGCUUGGGCCUGUGCUCAAGUCCAUUUACUCACUGCCGUUUUCGCAGCCGGCCAGUAAUCACAUAGGUUGGCUGCUCAUAGGGUUCUGCUUUGUUUUGGCGAACUUACUAACCGACAUAUUCGUGUUUCCCAUGUUCAAGGUCGUGAAGCUGUUUCCAGUCUUCUACCUCAGUGAUGUUCUCAUCUAUUUGUUCCUGGCACAAUUUAUCAUUCCGUUGUUGAUGAUCGGCGACCGAUUGUCGAAUAUAUCACUAUCAUUAAGAUGUCUCGGGAAGAGAGAACCUUUCGAAUCGAUUUCUCAAUUCGACGAGCUCUUCAAUGUUCACAGACAAUUGAUAACCCAUUGUACUAGAUUGAAGCAGAUUUACUCGUGGCCAUUAUUAGUUAUAGUCGCGUCCAAAUUGUUCGGCGCUACAGCAAGCGAAUCUAUAACAUCUUUCUUAGAACAACGAAUAUCUCUCAGUUUUUCAGCUCAUGGAUUUUUUGGAUUAGAUCAUUCUUUGUUCCGUUCGAUAUUAGCAACAAUAGCCAGUUACCUUUUUAUUAUCAUCCAGUUCCAGAUAAGAAGCAAUAUCGAAGAAAAGAGAGCUCUUCAUAUAAAACAUCAUUCUCUGUCCCAUAAACUGUAAUAUAAUAUUAAUUGAUAAAAACAAAAAAAAAAUAUAUAUAGAUAUUCUGUUUUUUUAAUAUGUUUUUAUUUAUACAAUUAAAUACAUAAUUUCGUUAAGAA